AACGAGCCUAUGAUCACAUUAUCAAUUUUGCACCCGAAACAAAAAAUUAUAAAGACAGAGCAGAUCCGACUUCACUCAUUAACUUUGUGAAUAAUGGUGGGAACAUACUUUUGGCGGCAACUCCCGGGAUUUCAGAAACCAUUAGUAACUUUGCUCGAGAGUUCGAUAUUGAAUUUGAUGAAAAGGAGACCGCUGUGAUAGACCAUUUUAAUUAUAAUAUUUCGGACGAGGGAAAGCAUACUCUUCUGAUUGCAAAAGGUAUCACGAAAAAUCCGGCUAUUUUGAGUAAAGAAGUGAUCGAAGGACCGCCAGUACUUUUUAGAGGGAUCGGGCACAAAGUUGGAACAGUACCAUUGUUAACUAGAAUAUUGUGGGCAAGUAAUACCUCAUAUUCAUAUGAAACCAAGGAUGAUUCGGUGGAUCAGGAGCCCUUCAUUGUGGGAAACGAAAUAGGGCUCAUAUCAGCUUUACAGGCAAGGAAUAAUGCAAGAGUGACGUUUGUGGGAAGCUUGGAUCUUUUCAGUGACAGCUUUUUUGAUUAUUCCAUUCAAAAUCCCGUUUCUUCGGAAAAGUUUUCUAAAUCUGGUAAUAAGGAUUUUGCUAGAGAUCUGGUGAAAUGGACCUUCCAAGAGAAAGGAGUUCUCAGAGUAACUUCUAGACGUCAUCACAAAGAAGGAGAGGUUAAUCUCUUUCUACUCGCAUGCUCUCUUUCCAAGACGUAUACCAUCGAAAUUUCUGAAUAUGAUAACGACCAUUGGAAAGCCUUUAAUGGCACGGACGUGCAAUUUGAGGCCAUAAUGCUAGAUCCUUAUAUUCGGAAAAAUCUCACUCCUUUGCCUACCUCUCCAGAGCAUCAUGCUCGUAAGUUCAAGGCACAUAUUCAACUUCCAGAUGUAUACGGAGUUUUCACAUUUAAGGUCAAUUACAAAAGACCCGGUUACACUUAUAUAGUGGACACGUCUGUCGUGGCGAUAAGACCCUUCAGACAUAAUGAAUAUCCUCGAUUUAUAUCUGCUGCCUAUCCAUAUUAUACUAGUGCUGCAUCUAUGAUA